ACUGGCACACACUCGCACACACACACACAGGCUGGAGCAUGUGUAGUCUGCUGCGACUCUAAUGAGAUUGGAUCUCCUGAUAGGAUAGGUGAAAGCACAGGACGCCCAGAGAUCCAUGGCCUCCUUCUCACAACAUGCCGGGGAAAACUGGUUGUUAAAGAAGAAGAUGGACUCUGAGGGGAAUAUCCAUGCACCAUCCCGACGUGGCAGCACCCCAGUACUGCACACUUUGCACAUGACUAAGUAUUUCACACCCACUGGUGAUGAACAUGGACGUGGAGGAGGAGGGGGCGAUAUGGUCAUUCCGUGUCCCCACAACCCCUCACCGGACUCUGCCCGAUGCACCAGCAGCCUCAGCAACGGGAGCCUGGACAGCACCCGUGACCUGGACAUGUUUGAGUGUCUUAGCGAUGGCGGCCAUUCCAAUUCCGAUUCCGUAAGCCUCUUCUCCAAGAGCUCUCCCAGCCCCAUUCUGAGCCCCUUUCUGGAAUCCACCACCUCCUCCUCCGAAAACGAAAACGGGACCUUUGAUGUUCCAGGUCGGUAUACGACGGCUUACUCCGGCAUCCAGGGUGAUGAGUCGGACAACCAGUGCGGUGGCAGCGGCAGCAGCGGCUACCAUGCGAGGAGCAACGACGGAGCCGACUGUGACGAUGACGACUAUGAUGGAGGUAGUGUCUACGGUCCAGACCUGUGUUCCGCCUCUGGCCCUCGCACUCCGGACAGUUUGUCUCUGCCGUCGUGCCGUAGCUGCUCCAGCGACUACUCUGUGGAUGGGCCGGUCAUGCGAGGCAACAACUCGCUCUUGAUGGAAACGGAGCAGGCCCACAACAUCUCCUACCUGACAGAGUCAGCGGGGUCGCCAGCUGCAGCAUCCGAUCUGGGCAUGUCCUGUGACCCAGGCGACUCCCCGACUAUCGAAGCCAAGCGUCUCCGCCUUGGAGAUGAGCUUCUUAACCCCCACGAUCGCACCUAUUCCCUGGGCAAAGGAGCGGGGCCCUCUCCCUCUCCUCGUGGUGCCGGUGGUGGAUUUAAGUCCAGAGGGACCCCACAAGGGCCUGUGACCUUGAAGUCCAGAGGGACCCCACAAGGGCCUGUGACCUUGCCGUCUGACUUUGCCUUCGCCACGCCGGAGAAUUGCAGACCCUGCGGCUCUGUUGCUAGGCGGCAGCAACCCCCCGGUAGUGCCCGGCGAUCCGGCGAAUACAUGAGUGCUGGGGAGAAGACGUUUGUGGUGUCUCCGCGUGGAGAUGGUGACGGCAAAACGGCAGACAUGCAGACGUCCACGCCCAUGCAGUCUUUGAACAACAACAAUACCUACUCUCUGCCGUCGUUUGACGAAUCCCCUUUCACAAAGGCUAGAACGGCAGGAGGAUCGACAGGAGAAGGCUCGGGAAGCAAUGCGUCCCAAGAACAACCAGGAUCUAGAACCACCGCAAAUGCUGACGGAGGUGCUAAAAAACGAGCCGGAUGUGGAGAUGCUAAUGCUAAUGCUAAUGCAACAUUUGUAGUGAAGUCCACCGAAGCUGCUCCCACCAAAGUCAAAAAGUUCUCCAGGCCGAAUUUGACCUCUGUGAAGACCAGGUUCAUGUUAAGUAAGCAAUCAACCGUUCAGAAACCUGCAGAAACGAAGCAAAAUGGGGAAACGCGCACCUUGGGUAGAGCCCCUCGCAAGCCAUCCCCUCUCACGCUGGGCAAGCCCGCCGCUUCGCUUUCAAAAUCCUCCGCUAGUCCUUUGCCUACACCGACAGGAAGUACCAACCAGUCAAUAAAGGCAGAGGCGCCCCCGUCAGGCAAACAGGACAGUCGCGCUCAGAAAAGGUUUGUGUUCCCCAAGACUCGACAGCGCCUAGCGUCGGAUGACACCGCUGCAGCAGCCAAACCAAGCCCGGACGAAAAGCAACAGAGUGUUAAAACGGCUUCGCCUAACUUCCUAAGCAAGGAAAGAGGAGUUUAG